UCACAUGACAUGUCUCUUACAGUAAAACCCAAUAUGGCAGAGAUGGUCGGUCUUGCACGGUAACUAAAGCAACAACACUUUCUACAGAACAUUUGAAAACGGGUCGAUUUUCCGCGACCGACCGCAGACAUGAGAGAAAGACAGAAGAAGAAAAAGGGGAGGACGUGGGCAGAGGCCGCCAAAACGGUGUUGGAAAAGUACCCCAACACACCGAUGAGUCAUAAAGAGAUCCUACAAGUGAUUCAGAGAGAACGACUCAAGGAGAUAAGUGGGACUUCCCCUCUUGCCUGUCUCAAUGCCAUGCUCCAUACAAACUCACGUGGAGAGGAAGGGAUCUUCUAUAAAGUCCCUGGUCGAAUGGGAGUCUAUACACUGAAGAAGGACAUUGCAGAUGUGGUGAAGGAGCUGUCAGAAGAGGCCUCAGAGGACAGCAGUGAUAACAUGUCUGAUACACGAUGCACAGAAAAUAACAGCACCACCACCAACAGCAAAGAUGGCCACAGAGGAAGGUGGAAGAGGAGAGUACCGACGAAACUACAGUCUCAGCCACCCUCACCACAGUCACGCUGCUCAUCUCCAUCAGUGUCCAGCAGCAAACUCAUCUCCCCAUCACAGAAACAUAGCAAGAAGGCCCUCAAACAGGCACUGAAACAGCAGCAGCAGAGGAGUCAGCGGAGACAGUGUGGAAUCCCCACAACCUCCAGCCCACGGCUGCUUCUCAAGACUGUCAAAGACAUGACUCGUGAUUCAUCCUCCUUCAAAUCAUCUUGGGAACUAAAACAGACAGAGCGUUGCCCUGCCAGUCCACAGAACUCUACCUCCAGCUCAUCCUCAUCUGUCAAAGCAGAUGUGUGCCACACGGCUGGAGCCCGGAAGGUGUCUCAGCGCUCCAGUCGGCUCAAUGCCAGACAACUGAGGCGUUCAAAGUGUGAGAUAGAUGUUGAGACACCAGACUCCAUCCUUGUCAACACCAACCUGCGAGCACUAAUCAACAAGCACACGUUCUCAAUGUUGCCUACAGAAUGCCAGCAGAAACUUCUGAAGAUGCUGCCAGAGGUUGACCAGCAGGCUAGUAUGGAUGGGGCAUUGAAGGUGACCAGUUCUGCCUUGAACAAUGAGUUCUUCACAUCUGCUGCACAAUCUUGGAAGGAGAGGCUGGCAGAGGGUGACUUCACCCCUGAGCUGAGACUGAGAAUGCGACAGGAAAUUGAUAAGGAAAAGAAGGUGGAGCAUUGGAAAGAGCAUUUCUUUGAGAGCUACUAUGGUGAACACUCUGGCCUAAGUACAGAGGAAUCCAGAGAAUUGACAGAUGCUGUUGACAAUCCUGAACCAGCUAAAAGCAAAGCGCAGCCAGACAAGCCAGAGAUCGUUAAAGAGUCACAGAAGGUACAUCAAGUGAUAGAGGUUAGCCACAUGGAGUUGAGAUCCAGAGAUGUAAAACCAGUAGUAACACAUCCUACCCCUGAAGAGCCAAUCAAACUUCCAGCUCCAGAACAGCCACAGUUGUCCUUAGAUACAAGGAAUGAAGCACCGGAAGAAUUGAUUGCAGAGUCGCCUGUUCAGAAAACAGUGGAGCCCAAACCAGACAAUGAAAGAGCACUGGAAAUUGAGAUCAAGUGUAAGAACCCAAUAGCACCUUCGGAAGCAAUGGUCACUUUUUUGAAAAUAAAGGAAACACAGCUGACUAAAAUUGAAAUCCCUGUGGCUGAGGUUGAACAGGCAUUAACAGAGAGGAAUCAAGCUGGGUCUCCAAUAUUUGCUGUCACAUCUGAGCACCUGAAGAGGAAGGUCUCCAGUGAACAGGAUACUGAGCUCAGAACAGAGAAGAAGCCCCGUGUCACUACACAAGAUGUGUCAUCCCCAGUGAAAGCUAAAGAAACAGUAGAACAGAGAGUACCUCCUCUCAAAAUCCCAGUGUCUCGAAUUCUCUCUGCCCCUGCCGGUAUUGAGCCGGUAUCCCCACGGACUCCUGUCCCCUUGACACCACCUAGCAUUCGUCCUGGUCGUACCGGUGCUCGCACUCUUGCUGACAUCAAGGCAAAAGCUCAGUUAGCGCGGGCACAGCGUGCCGCAGCGGCUGCUGCUGGUUUGUCUUCCUCAAGGGGAGCCAGCUCAGUUGGGGGAACCUCCACACCCUCCCCAGCUCGGUCUUUGUCUGAGGAGUUUUCAUCAGCAAGCAGCAGAAAUCAAUCUGUGUCACCCAUAAAGCAGAGCUCUGGGUCUCCUGAGGGCACAGUGGGUCUUUCACAAACUUCUUCCUCAGGUUUUACUGGACACACAGAUACUGGUUUUGCUCAAGGCUUCAGUGCAAGCCAAGUUCUUUUAAAAGACAAUCGCUCUUUGAUGGGGUCCCAAACCACUCAGUGUACAUUGAACCCAACGGUGAAGGAUGAACAUAGCCUUCUCAGUGGUGGAGGGGUGCUAACACCUAUUAGUCAGCCAGGAAACCUGACUGUCUCAAACGUAAUUGCACAAAACCAGAGACCACAACAGACACCUUUGCCAGGAGCAUCAGUGACCAAGCCUAGCUCUUUAAUCCCAGCGAAUAAUCCUCUGGUCACCCAGCUUCUUCAGGGCAAAGAUGUUCCCCUUGAAAAGAUCCUUCCAAAGCCACUAGCCAAGAUGGAGGUUCAAUCUGUGGCCAUUUCAGACCGAGAUGAUGGUAACCUUGGCACCACAACAGCUGGGUUAAAAAAAGAAAACCUUACAAACAAAGAACAUAUCAGCAGGUUUGGGCAUCAAGUUCUUGCUGGUCCAUCUACGAUGCAAUUCAGAUCUGUGAUAAGUGUAGACAAGCUGGUCAAAAGCACUCAGGACCCAAUCCUCCACCCACUAAGGCCGAAAUGUGAGCCGAAACAUUCAAGCUUAAGCCACCAAUCCUCCCAAUUUCAAUCCUGUCAAUUAGGGCAACUUGAGUACGGCCAGGACCAGGUGAGUCUCCAUCUAGGCAUCUUUGGGCGGAAGAGGAUGUCCAAGCCAGCUAUGACAGGACACUACCUCCUCAAUGUCUCCACAUAUGGUAGAGGAUCUGAGAGCAGCAAAUGGCCACAUCUAUCUAGUAAUACAAGCACAUCCUUUGCCAACGUAAAGGAAAUGAAGAAAGAGAAAAUGGAAGUUGUGGAGCAUGUGAAAGAAAGGGCAGAAUCAGUUGGAGGGUCUCAUACCUCCUCUCAAGGACACCUGAAUUCUUCAAGGGUCAAAAUGGAACAGAAGGGGCAUAGCAUCACAAAACCAGAUAAGGGUUUGGCAUCACAACCCUGUUCUGAAAUAAAGUCUGACUCUCCAUCAUUAAGCUGUUUAUCCAACAAAGAAAAAAUCAACACUAGAACCAAAGAAACAUGCACAAGAACUCAGGGUAACACAGACCCAAAUCAGUUAAGUGACUGUCACCAACGCAUGUACCUGUCUCAGAAAUCUCAUAAUGUACAAGAACUUAUAAUGGGCCCUCAGUACGGUGGCACCAUCAGCAUGUCUGUCCCUCAUGCACAAAACCACAGCAUGGCUGACACUCCAACCUCUCCUACAGUGUCCUGCAGUGGUGACAGUGAUGCUGCUGGUGGAGGUAUGAUGUCUUUUUCCGUCACUGUUACUGCUAUACCUGCCGGUCACCUACUGGAUCAGAGCAAUCAGGGCGAGACCUCACCCGAGCAAGCCUUCAUAGAAACAUCUGGAAUGGAGGAUGUCCAGUCAAAGUGCUACUGUCGACUAAAGGCCAUGAUUAUGUGCAAGGGAUGUGGCGCCUUUUGUCACGAUGAUUGCAUUGGUCCAUCCAAACUAUGUGUCUCCUGUUUGGUGGUACGAUAAUGGUCAUAUACACAGGGGAUAAACUGCAACAAUGAGAAUUAAAGGUGAGGUGUGUAAUUAUUUCCAUGUAAAAAAUGUCUUCUAUCCCAGCUUGAUAUGCAGAGACAACCAUAAGUAAGCCAUUCGUAGGUUAAUUCCACUGAGAUGUGUAAACACUGUGGAUCUGUGGCAAUUUUGAGCAUUCCGACCAACCUGACAUAGUUACUUUAGUUUAACCAAUGGCCGUUUGUCUGGGGCUUGACUUAUCCCUAACUCAAUUUAAUAAACCCCAUUUCGGCAUCUGACUCAUCCCAUCAUUGAAAACUGUUCCAUAGACUUAACUUUGAAAAGCGAACAGUGAUCAUAUCUCUGAAUCAGAAUGUCAUAGAGAUUUGGGGGUGGGCUUGUUUGACUCAGGCUAGCAAGCAGUCAUUCAGUAACACCCUAGCGACUGCCUAGCCAUGCCCUAGCAACCCUCCAGUGCAACCUAGCAACCGAAAAGCAACAUGACCCAGCCAUGUUUUGACACCAGGUCAUCGUUGACAUAUGGGGGUGGGCAUGUUUUACUCUGAGCAGUGUACUGAGGUUCUUUGUUGGCCCCCUAAGACCCUUGAAGGCCCAUGGGGGCUCUUUGGGGCCCCUCCCAUAUUUCGGCACCAGAAGAAACAUGGGAGUGGACUCGUUUGACUUGGGGAAGUGUACUGAGGCCUUUUGUAGAAUGAGGCCGAUUGAGGGCCCUUGGGAGCCCCAGCAAUAUCUUGCCACCAGAACAUUGUAGAGACAUGUUGAGUGAGCACUUUUUGUUUUUUUUUAAUUUUUUUUAUUUUAUCCCCUUUUUCUCCCAAUUUGGAAUGCCCAAUUUCCACUACUUAGUAGGUCCUCAUGGUGGCGCGGUUACUCACCUCAAUCCGGGUGGCAGAGGACAAGUCUCGGUUGCCUCCGCUUCUGAGACAGUCAAUCCACACAUCUUAUCAUGUGGCUCAUUGUGCAAGACACCACGGAGACUCCGCAUGUGGAGGCUGAUGCUGCUGUCCACGAUCCACGCACAACUUACCACGCGCCCCAUUGAGAAUGAGAACCACUAAUUGUGACCACGAGGAGGUUACCCCAUGUGACUCUACCCUCCCUAGCAACAGGGCCAAUUUGGUUGCUUAGGAGACCUGGCUGGAGUCACUCAGCACGCCUGGAUUUGAACUUGUGACUCUAGGGGUGGUAGUCAGCGUCAAUACUCGCUGAGCUUCCCAGGACCCGAGUGAGCACUUUUGACAGUGUACUGAUGCCCUUUGUGGGACACAUGAGGCCCUUGUCACUGGGCUUCCUGGGGGCCCCAGCAAUAUUUUGCCAACAGAACUUUGUAGAGACAUGUGGGUUCUUUUGACUUGGGGCAGUAUACUGAGGCACUAGGUGGAGGUCUUUGUGGUGACGAGUUUUCCACAACAAGCACCACUAAAUUUUUUCAUAAUAUGUAACAGUCUAGUUAUUUUUACAAUUCCGUUCGGUGACGCUAGUGGCACAGAAAUUACACACUUCACCUUUAUAUUAAAUCACUGCAUUUAGGGAUAACAGAUGUUUGUUGUCAGUAUAGCAGUGAUGAUCGUGCUCUGGUAACCUGUUGUUGUCAUUUGAGAGGCAGGCUAUUGUACUGUUACAGUUUUUCUUUACAGCACAUAGACAUUUAGCACGAUAAUAGAUGAGGAAUGUAUAUGUGCAAUGACGAGUAAUACUUCCUCUCAGUGCACACCUUGUUUUAGAAUCAAAACUCCUAUUCGAUAGUGGCAAUAUUUAAUGCUUGUUCUUUUUUGGUUAUAUUUUUGUAACAAUAUUAGAAAUUGAAAUCAAUGUACUACUGUUUUUGUAGAUGUAAAAAUCAUUAUUAUGCCCCUCAGAUUUUAAAGAAUAUCUUUUACACACAGUACACACUAUCUUGCUGGAUUAGUAACAUGUAACAUCAAAUAAUAUUUGCUUAUCCUGCAAAGCUGAUUGUUGGUUAGUUUUAAGCCUUUGUGACUUAAGCAAAGAACCACACAACUGAAAUACCAGUUACUUUGCAGAAUUACUGUGAAUAUGUAAACCUAAUAUAUUAACCUGCCUUGUUACUGGGCUUAUAUGGUACUGUUAAAAGUUUUAAUAGGAUAGAAGGAAGCUUUGUCCACUUUAACAGGCUAGCACUUCUCUUACAUUGGUGGGGUUUUUGUGAAGAGAGAAGAAUAUAAGAACAUGCUUAUAUUGAUGAUUGAUAAUGGCAAUAAUUUGUAUAUUUACAAUAUUUAUAAAAUUAACAGCAUUAAGGUCCCUAACAUCUCAUUUAAUUCAGAAACAAAUCUGACAUUAGAUUUAUUAGGGUUGCACUUUUAAUGUUGAAAAUACUGCAGAGGACUUGAAUAAACAUUGCAAAUGAUCUAUACAUACAGAAGGCCCUAAAAUGACUCUUAAGGUUGAGUGUUGAAGCACUUAAUCUAAUCAAUCUCUUGUACCCUCUCUGAAGCAAAACCAGGUCUUAAUAAUUUCAGUAGCCUAUGUCUAAUCAUUUGAGUUGUUGACGUCUCUCCAGUUGACAUUGCCUCAUAAUGGAAUAGUAUAUAUUCCCUAUAAUCUUAGUCUUUUGUGUUAAAUCAAAAUAAUAAAAUAAUGAUAAAAAACAGAAGACACAAAACAAACCUGUUUGUGCAAUGAAGUAAAACAUUCAGAAGGGAAAAUAUGAAGAUUUUUAUUUUGCUUUGUUUUGUUUUAUAUUGUAAAUAUUGGCUUUCUUUGAGUACUGAUAAAUCGAUUUCUGCAAAGCUUUCAUGUAUCUUGCCUAAACAUAUCCGAUUGCCUGAUUACAAGGGUUUUUAUUUGUGAAAAACUGUCAAACACCAAUCAUAAUUUUAAUCAUGUUUUCAACAUUAAAUGUUGUCGCUCAAAGUCCUAAAACAAUUCAGCUAAACAGGUCCAUUUUGAAACGAGUCAAUAUGCAUAAACAUAUUGUUUUCUUUGAAUCAGUCUUUUUUUUAUUAUUGUCUGCCUCCCAGGCAAAAACAAACAAAACAAGAGAAUUUUAGAUAAGAUUUGCUUGGUAAUAUACCAAAGUCAAUUUAUGGGGACUAGAUAAUCAGAUUUUGUUUUUAAUGUCUAGUUAAGCAAAGUAAUAUAUUUUAAGUAAUAUAUUUUAAUAUAAGAAAUCUAUUUACAAAUCAUUUUACAAACCAUUUAAGAAACAGGGUAUUUACUAUAUCUUUAUAUUGGCUGUCCCAUUUUGUUGUACCUUUGUCCAAGGUGUACCUUAACUUUUUACACUUUUUCAUACCAGGGCACUUGUAAUAGUCUGCUCCUUUGAGUAUGUUGAUCUUUUAUUUUAUAUUAUUUUUUUGUGGCUAGUCUUGCCUGCAAUGCAUUGACAUGCCCUCGCAGUGGAUUUUUAUUUGACUAAUAAUAUCUGUGUGACAUAUACCGUCCACUUUAUUGAUUAGUGAAAGACUAACUUCUUUCAGAAAAAAAAUAUACCAGGUUAUAGUGUUUGUAUGUGAAUCAACUUUAAACUAUAGCUCGGUAGUUGGGUUGUGCUGAAUGUCUUUGGGUGUGAGGGUGUGUUUUUUUUUCAGGUGGCUUUCAAUUACUUACGUGGGGAAAGGUCAGUGGGUUUCUCUAAACUGUCGCUUUCAUUUGCAUUAUAUAUACAUAUGCAGCAUUUAAA